GAAAAGAAAACACGACUGGAAACCCAAAUUAUUGAAAGCGAAACCGAGAUGGAAGUGCUCAAAGGGAAAAUCGAUUCGGUUUCGCAAGAAAACGAAGAUCUCAAGACGAAGGUUGGUCAGAUAAGACCAUUCGAAGACGAGUUCCGUCGGCUUCGAGAUGAGGUUGAGGAAUUACGGGUGAAAGAGGCAGAUCACUCAAAGUUGCAGCAAGCUUAUGAACAGCUCAAGAAUAAGGCCAAAGAUAGCAGUAACGAUAGAGCAGAGCUUCUGGUUCUGCGCGAGAAGGUAAAGUCCUAUGUUGAACAUGGGAUGCUAUUAGAGGAUGAGCAACGCAAGAAUAAGACUCUACGUACGCAAAUGGGCUCUUACAAAGCGCUAUCGGAAGAGAAAUCUCGAGAAAAUGAUAAACUUAUUAUCAAAGUUGACAAGUUGGAGCACGAGCUCGCAACUGCCAAAGAUCGUCUAGCAGCCGCGGAAACCCGAGUCGAAGGUCUUGUGCAGGAGAAGAUCAUUCUGGAAAACAAGAUCGCUCAUGAGCGUGAGUAUCCUCGUAUUAUGAUUGCAAUUCCGGUGUAUGCCAUGCUGAAAAUUAUCCUAUCCCAUAUAUUCCGGUUAAUGCUUAAAGUCUAG